CUCUACGACGUCAUCAUCUCGGCAUGCUACAGCUGCAGGCUCCUGCUAUGUGGGCACCAUCAAUCCACGAUAGUCUGACAACUAUACAGGCCUGAGAACAAAAGACAUUGGGAUGUCACGAUCAAUGUCACGCUCAGACGAACAACGGCAAAUGUGAUCGAAUAAGAACUUGAGCACCAGCGCCCGGCCUUGCAGCCUAUCCAUAGUAUGACUGGAAAGAGCAAGUGACAACUGAGUCAUCUUCACUCACCGUGAGGCGUUCCGUGCACCACAGGAUAAUAUGUAGCAACUCUCCAGGAAUAUCGUUUCUCGUCUAUCCUCUGAGGACUACGAGAACGCGCCUGCACAACUAGAGUACCAUCAUCAGCCAUGGCAUCCCCACCCUCUCUGAUACAUCUAGACGGCACAACUCUCGAAGGUGGCGGCCAACUCCUCCGAGUAGCCCUUGGUCUUUCGAGUCUUACCAGAAAGCCGAUACACAUUACCCAGAUCCGAGGCAGGCGCUCUGGUGGCGGAGGACUGAAAGCUCAGCACCUGACUAGUGUCGAGUGGCUAGGCCGAGCCAGCGAGGCGAAGACCACUGGCGCAGAGCUCAAGAGCAAGGAGAUUGUGUUUACUCCAGGAGCCGCUCUUCAAGCCAAUAAUUUGUUGAACGCUGGUGAGGUGCGGAUCCGACAGACGACGCCUGGAAGCGUCAACCUGGUAUUGCAAGCUAUCCUACCAUACAUCCUCUUCUCUGGCGUCGAACAUCCAAUCCGAGUCCGCAUAGAGGGAGGAACCAAUGUCUCCAAUGCACCCUCAAUCGACUACACAACUCAAGUUCUUAUCCCAAUGCUCCAGUUAAUUGGCAUACCACAUGUCGCCAUCGCUGUCCACUCGCGCGGCUGGUCACAAGGCAGCGCAGCCAUCGGCAGCGUCACAUACACCAUCACACCUCUGCAGGCCAGACUACCAGGGUUCCAGCUAACCGAGAGAGGAGACAUUGUCAGCAUAACUGCAACGAUCAUAGCACCGCGGGAUACCGAACGUCAGUUCCGCGAGGAGUUGGACGACAUGUUUGAGCGACGAAUACUCCGCUGCCUUGGCAGUAACGCCGGUAAUGCAGAAAUAAAUACUACCAUCACAUUCGAGAACUCACAUCACGAGAAGAGAUACUACCUUCUCCUUGUAGCGACAACAUCUACUGGCAUGAGAAUUGGCCGCGAUUGGCUCUAUGGUCGCGGUUUCAAGUCCGGCCUUCUCGAGCGCAUCGUUCCCGGUAUGGUGAAGAAAGUAUCUGAUGAUUUGAUGGCAGAUAUUGAGCAUGGAGGGUGUGUCGAUGAGUAUCUGAGGGAUCAGCUGGUUGUGUUUCAGGCGCUUGCUCAAGGGGAAAGUCGAGUUUAUGGAGGAAAGAAGAAGGACGGGGGGUUGCUGGAGCCGAGUCUACAUGCGAAGACCGCUAUGUGGGUGGCGAAAGAGAUACUCGGGGUGAAAUUCGAUGGAGAGAGUGUAUGCGAGGGUGUGGGGUACGCACCUAGUGUUGUGAAUGAGGCUCAGGAGUAUGGUCGUCCUUGCUGGCUGCAGUGGCUUUGUCCGCCUCGCUAG